UCAACACGUGCAAUCGAUCGUCCUCGCGGACGUUCAAACAAGUGGGUGAGACCUCCCCGUUCUCCGGUGGGCGUGGCUAGAACACGUGCAGCGAGGCGGAGGCGUGGUUGUUGGAGAGAUAGCGGGUAGAGCAGAGGCUGCUGAGAUGCUGGCGGAGAUGAGAGAAGCUGCUGAAAGGCACCAGAGCCACCGGGAGGCAGGGGAGGUGAGGGUUAAGGGUGAGAAUGUGAGCGGCAUGAAUGUCCUGUAAUGUCCACGGUCACUCCCAUAGAGAAUGUCUCAGGAACCAAGAAUCAAACUGGUGGUCACAGGAGAUGACUUUGGUUACUGCCCUCAUAGGGAUAAAGGGAUUGUGGACUGUUUCCAUGCAAAGGUUGUAACUAAUGUGUCCCUUAUUAUUAAUGGCAGCUCUGCUGCUAGCGCAGCCAGCCUAGCUCGGAGAUAUAAUAUCCCGAUUGGCUUGCAUGCCAAUCUCUCUGAGGGACUCCCAGUGUGUGCAGAACUCAAGCAGAAUUCAUCUUUAAUAAAUUUCAAGGGUGUUUUUCAUGGCAAAAUGGGAAUCAGGAAAAUAUUAUCUCAAGGUCUCCUUGAUAUGUUGGAGGUCAGAAAGGAGCUAUGUGCACAGAUCAAGCUUUUCCGUGAGCUGACUGGGAUGAACCCACAACAUAUGGAUAGCCAUCAACAUGUUCACGUGCUACCAGGAAUUCGAGAGGUGUUUGCUCAAAUACUAGAGGAAAAUAGGAUUCAUUAUACUCGAAUUCCUGUGCAACUCGGUCUGUACAGAUGUACCUGGAUUCCUGACACAUUAAUGGAGUUUUACAAAGGGGUAGAGGAAGAUGCCAUAUAUGCAGUUGAGAUUUUUAAGAAGCACGGAAUUAGGUGGCCUGAUCUCUACAUUGGUUUAAGUACUAUGGGGAAGAACAUGUCAACAUAUAAUAUACAUGAAGCCAUCAGGCAUGGGGUUUGUUCUUGGCAAAGCACUAUUGCAACACUACCUGACAUCACCAGAAGUGUGAGCAUUGAGCUGAUGACCCACCCAGGGUACCCUAGUAUUCCUGAAGAGGGCGGAUGCGGAGAGGGCCCGGAUGACUUCUCCCAAUCUUUAGACCGACUCCAUGAGUUGGAGGUGCUGAAGAGCACAUCACUGCAGAGUUUCUUCCUAGGGAAUGGAGUGCAGCUGUGUGCAUUCAGAGAUCUAUGACUUUUUAUAACAAAUAUGUACAGACAUGGUUAGUAUUGCAUUAAAUUACUCCAUUAUACACCGUUGGAGUGUGAUACUUACAUGACUAGUCCCAACAACUUUAUGACAUUUAAGACAUUUCUAUAUGGAAAUAUAUAAUAUUUAAAUAAAUACAGUUUUGUUUUGCUCACA